GCAGGAGAUCCCUGUGUAUCUGAGGCUUUCUGAAGGUAAGUGGAUUCUUUUCUGUGUUUCUGUUUUUAUAGCUGUUGUUUUUUUGGGCUUGUUCUCUUUUGCUGCAGCCUUGGACUUUGCUUUUCUGUUGUUUUUGCUGUGCUUUCUAUUGUAUUACAGUAUUAAAGAGGUAAGGAGGAUGACUUCAUGUUUUUAUGGAGAUGAAGUAAUCUGCUUUGGGUGGAAUGAUGUUGGUAGACAGUGACUCAAGGUGUUUUUUCUUAAGAGCUUUCUAAAGUGUCUCUGACUAGGGUAGUUAUGAUUUGCUGGUAGCCUGAGCUUUGGAGUGUUGUGUGUUCUGGUGCUGCCCUUGUUAGUUUAGUAUUGAAGCAGGUAAAGAGAUUAUUGGCUGGGAGUGUGUAUGGGGAGCCUGGGAAAAAGCUUGCACCAGGAAAGGAUGGUGAUUAUGUUCAAAACAAAUUGUAUGGGGGGUAGCAGAAGGCAGGAAAGGAAGAAGGGAAUGUGAGGUCAAGAAUAUUUCUUCAUCAUCCUAGCUGUAGCUUCUAGGAGUCUUGAAAGCACUGGAGGAAGAAGGAUUGGACCAUGGGCCAGACAGCUACAGCUAAGAAAAUAUGAGAGCCAAGGAGUUAAGCUCUGUGAAACUUUACGCUUUAACAAGCCAAGUUAUCAAUGGGGAGAUGCAGUUCUACGCCAGGGCCAAACACUUCUACCAGGAGGUACCAGCCACAGAAGAGGGCAUGAUGGGAGACUACAUUGAGCUCUCCAAUAUAGACAUUGAAUCCUCCAGGGAGUUUCUCAGGAAGUUUGUUGGGGGGGUGGGGAAAGCUGGCACCAACCGCGCCCUGGACUGUGGCUCUGGGAUAGGUCGGAUCAGCAAGCAUGUCCUGUUACCAAUUUUCAAGAGUGUGGAACUGGUGGAUAUGAUGGAAAAUUUCCUGGCUGAGGUCCCGAACUACCUGCAGGGCGAGGAGGACAGAGUAGAAAUGUAUUAUUGCAAAAGCCUCCAGGAAUUCACUCCAGCCCCACAAAGAUAUGAUGUCAUCUGGAUUCAGUGGGUUUCAGGAUGUCUGACAGAUAAAGAUCUCCUGAAGUUUCUCAUCCGGUGCCAGAAAGGCUUGAAGGAUAAUGGUGUUAUCAUUCUCAAGGACAAUGUAGCCAGGGAGGGCUGUAUCCUGGAUUGUCUGGACAGUAGUGUGAUCCGAGACCUGAACAUCCUCCGCAGCCUCAUUGAAAUGAGUGGACUCAUCAUCCUGCAAGAGGAGAGGCAGGAGGGAUUCCCUGAGCAGUGUGUCCCUGUCUGGAUGUUGGCCAUGCAGAAACGCCCUGCCCAUUCCUGAUUGCAUAAUGUGGUGGAGACUGGACUAUGGAUGAAUGACAGGGCUGGGGAGGACAAAGGGGAAGAAAAGCACCUGCUAGAAUACUACUAGCUAUGUACUGCUACCACUGUAAUUCUAAGGCAGCAGCUUCUGAAGGAUCAAGAGAAUUAUAAUUGAGCCAGCUUCUCCAAGCAAUUGUCUGCUUCUACAUCCUGCCUGCUUCACCAUUUUAAAAGGACUUUGACAGCUCCUUGUCAGAUUUCUCUUUCAUUCAAGAGCCAAUACUACAACAAAACUCAACUAAGUAGAAAAUAAUUAGGUCUGAAGUUUCUGUAGUGGCUUAUACAUUUUAGAGUGCUCUGUAUGAGAGCUUAACAAAUAAGCCUGUUUUUCACUAUGGCAUCUAUAUUUUCCUGAAAGUUAAGAAGAAUCACUCAGAUCACUGAAGCAGAAUAUUCAAAUAACUUCUGGAAAACAUAACCUACCUUGCUUAUGUUUCUGCUGUAUAACAGUAGUGGUGCAUAAGGAUAUUCACACUCCAGGGAGAAGAUUAUAUGACAUAUAAGCAUGUUUGCAUUGAAAAUUUGUGAAAAGAUUGCCCUGCAAUUCACGUUCUGGAAGAUGUUUUUUCAAAAUGUUCACAGUGGAAACCACUUGAAAGCAUCUCUUUAUUAUUCAUACCACUGUAAAUUUCUUUCUUUCCCACAUUCAGAACAAAUCUGGCACCAUAUGCAGAGCUAAUGGGAUUUCAUGGGGUGUUAAUAGUAAGACUGCAAGAAGAACUAAUACAGUAUUGUAUUAAUUAACAACUGUACUAAAUUACAGAGGGUGUUAGUAACCCAAAAGCAUCUGUAAUUUAUAUUCAAACAGCAGCUGGGUAAGCCUGGAUUUGACAAUACUGACACACAUACCAUCUCCUUAGAGGUCGCAGAAAUUACACAUUGAGCUUCUUGUCCCUUUCAUAGAGGCACAGAAAGCACUGUGGGAGCACAGGAGUUCCUUUUGCAAAGACUUUCAGAAUGCGAUAUUCUCCUUCAUUCUGAAUGAGUACAAGAAGAGACGAUUGUGAAAUUCUCUGUAAAUGAAAAGCAAUCAUAGUGCUAAUGAGAAAUAUGGAGCAAAUCAAAUGUUUCCUUUGGACUAAACUUCUAAAGUAAUUUACAUUUUAAGUAUUUGUUAUUACAAUGCAGCAAAAAAGGUAAAUGAAAUGUAAGAAUGGACUGUUCUGACUGUCAGAAUUUUUGUCUUGUUCUAUUUGCCUGCAGUUCUGGAACAACUUACUGGACUUUUUUUAGAAGUUGCAUUAUGACAGACAUCCAUGUUCAGAUGGAAGGGGUUCUAUGAAACAUCCUCCACGUGGCUGUAUGCACAACUGUCUUUGUCAAGUAUUGUCAUCUGCCUUAGAUCAACUCACAUAGAAGUCCAAAGAUAACAAGACCAGGGAACUUCUCAGUUGGAUUUUAGUACUCUUUGCCAUCCUUUGAUAGCAAACAUCCAGUUUUAAUAUUGUCACUCAGCUUCUCUAGCAAUAUGAUUGCAUAUGUUGAGAAUUUCCAAUUUAUGGCAUCGGGCUUCCUGCUGUCAAAUCUUAUCCAGUAAUUAUUUUUUUUAAUGUGCCAUUACUAACUGUAGUAUUAAGGAAAACAACCCUGGUGAUUUGGUGAAUAUUCUGGUAUGUCAUAUAACAUAGGAACCUAUGGUUCCCAUGACACAGAUGCUUCUGGAAUGUCAUAGCUAAUUUUUUUCCAUUUGAAUCAACUGAUAAUGAUUGCAAAUGUAGCAUAAGAUGCAAAAAAUGCUAGGUGAAAAUUUUUGUUCUGGAAUUGUCCCUUGGAAUAAGGGCUUUUAAUUCUCAUUAAACCACUACAAUUCGUUCAUUCCAUUUUAGCACCAGUUAAAAGCUGGUGCAGUGAUUGGGUGAAUAUGAGUAUGUGCAGAAAUUCAAGGGAAAACCAGUCAUUUGUUUUACAGGAAAGAAGCAUCAGUCCUAUAGUUAGCUACACUUAUUAGCAAUAACAGACAAAUAUUUAAAAGAUCUAGACAUGCAUUGCAAAUUAAUUGGUUCUACAUCAUUUUCUCUUCCAGCCAGAAACUUCUGCCAUGGUGCAGAAUACCUGGGGACUGCUGGAAAUCCUCAUGUCUGUGCCAGGCUUAUCUGAAUGAUGUUGGUCACUUCAAUGACAAGAGAACAGCAUUGUGGAAAUAGGGAGGUAAAUAAUUUUAUACAACUCUAAGUUGUAGCUGCCAGCUGUUAUUGUGCAGAAUACAUCAGCUGUUCACUUACACACCAGGGAGGUGCUAUCCCAAGGUGGAUACUACAUGAAAAGUGAUGAGAACAUAAGAUAGAGUAUAAAUGUAUCACUCUCAGUGAAAUAGAUUUUUCAAAGUAAAAAAGUUCUUUCUGUAUUUUGUACAUCUCUCCUAUUUUAAUUUCUAGACUGUAUAUGCAUAAACACGUAAUGAAAAUUAGUUCUUUUAACUAUGUUAAUAGAGAAUGGAGCCAACUAAAGUCUUAAUUUAGUAGAAAAAAAGCAUAUUUCAUGGUUACCACAUUCCUGAAAAUUAAUGUUUCAUGGCUAUGUUGCUUCCACAGUAAAAUAUUAAAGCUUUUCUGGUGACAUAAUGAACCUCAGGAGUAAAGAAACACAAGCCCCCCAGGGGCACAGAUGCAUGGGAUUGCUUAUGACAGAAUAAUAUUUUGUUUUCCUCCUUUUCCAAGUAUAUUUUAAUUCAAAAAUUCACAGUUAACCACUGUAGGCGGUGUUACACUCCUUAAAAAGUUCAUGAAUUUGGGCAAGGGCCAUUCUUGGUUUAAAAGUUCUGGUCUCUCUGGACUUUACUGUAGAAUAUAAUAAUAAUAAUAAUGAAUCACAAAUUUCAAACAGAAGAGCUUGCUUAGAAACCAUCCAUGCAUCAGUUGUUCUUUGGUGUUCAAAGGCUGGAUAAGAACUCAGUUGCUCUGCCUCAAUUUCCAGAUUAUUUAAAACAUGCAUUUAAAUCUUCAGCUUAUCAGUUUGCAGUGGGAGUUUGAAUCCCAUUUGUUUGGUGUUCAUUUAAGUACUUGCUCCUGAUCUCAACGUGAAGAGGAAUUUAAUCCAAUAUCAGUACCCUAGCUGAAGCGAGACAGAACAUUCAGGAUCCUGCAAGCUCAAACCAUCAUUCACCACUGACAGGUAAUUAAUUAAUUAAUUAAUUAGUCCUUCAAUCAGAUAUUACUCCCAGGCAAACGGUACUUAAGCAGUCACUUAGCUAAAGCUCACUUCUGCCCUUCUGCCAUGCCACCACCAAAGCUCUUCAUAAUGUCUGGUUGUCCCAUAUCAGGUCUGAUGCUUAUUUUCUGCACGACUGAAAGCCAGUGUCAUUUAUUGUAUGAAAGAGGAAUGUGAUGUAAGGAACGAGAGAUUCCUUCCCAAAGAGAUCCCUUCGCCCUGACAGUAGCCCCUGUGUGCUACUGGAACCAAAACAAAAUACAGAAUCAAUUGUAACAGCAGUCUGAGCAUCAAUCCCAACGUGCAGCUCCUGCAACCAUCAUAGCUCAUGCUAUUCAUGUUCAAAAAGCAACUCAGACAUUACAAAUGUCAUUUCUAAUUGUAAGGGAGAGCCAUCGUUUUCAAACGUAUCACUGAAUGUAGUGAAACAAGUCAGCAAUUUUCAGAGGAAAGUCAUUUCAAGAACUGUCCUGUCAAGAAGUAUUUGCCCAAGCUCUUCUUCUUCACAUGUAUUGCAUCAGUUCAGGCAUCUUCCCUGUGCCUGGCCUAGAGGACAGCCACCUUGGGCUCUUUGACAGGCAGGAAAAAGAAAUAUGUAUAUAGCAUCUCCAGAGACAUUCAGACCAGCUCAGAGUGAACUGGCUUGAAGUAAGAGAGUAUCCUCUCUCCUCAGUGGCUGUUGGAAUGAAAGCGCAUUCUUAUAACUGAUUUAGUAACUUCUAAUGGUAACUAAUGGUAGGCUGAAGUGCAGUGUGACCUGAGGUGCUGUGAGUGUUUAAAUCAGCAAAGAGCGUGGGCAUGGAUAUUGAAACACACAUUAAAAAUCAGUCCUGGUACUGGGGCACAACAUUAAUGUGAGCAAUAUUAUCAUACUACCAUAAUCAGUUGACAUAGCGCCAACUGAUAAAAGAUUUAUCAGUUAUACCUCAAAGUGCCCUGAGCACCUUUAUACCAUUCUCUUGUUUGUGUUCCAUUCUCUUAAUCCAGGUCCCCACAGUAUUUAGGAUGGCAUACCAGGCAGUAGGCCUGUCCAGAGGAACUUGGCUGUUACAUCUGAUUAAAUUCAGUUGUCUUGCAUCCCAUUCUUCUUCUCUUCCUUUGAUGUUUCUUUUAACUUGCCAAGACAUUCCUCCUCCACUUGCCAAAAGUGAUUUGUUCUCUGUGGGCAUCACAACAUCUCACUGAAAUAAAAUGGAUUACCUUUGAUUUUAAGAGGAGGUAAUUCUGUUUAUCUGAGAGCAUUAACAACACGGUGUAUUUCAAAUAUGGGAGUUAAUACCCAUCUUUUCCAGUUCAUGUCAAGUAGGUGCUCCCAGACCUUUGUACCAAAGUUCACAUUUUCAUCAUCACCAUGAAUAACAAUAUUUGAAUGGCACUGUACAUCCCUAGACCUUGAAGCAUAUGUUAUCAUUGUGACUUGGAUGAGGAAACUGAGGCACAAAAGAGUGAUCUGGGCUGCAUUACAGUUCUCUGUAAGUGGGAGCUGUGAGUGAUUAACACCUCCACGAAUUAGGCCACUACAGGAACUACAGAGUGUUUUGCAGGCAGACAUAAACUUAUUCUGUUUGUGCUCAGAGCAGAUUGAAACAGUGUGGCUGUGGUUAGCCUGCUUACAAGGCCAACCUGGUAUGUCCUGCAAAGAGAGGACUCAGGCUGAAUAUUGUGCUCAUGAACAUACACAGCUUCUAAUCGUGUUGAAGCAUUAGUACAACCUGGUGUACAUCUGCAGCAAAAAUAAAGACAGAAAAUUGGUGGAGCA